AUGACAGCCCCCUCCCUCCCUUCCUUCCUCCCCUCAGAAGGCGUGUUUGUUAGAUCUAGAUUAGCUGGCUCCGCCUGCUGGAGGCUUGAUAGCGGGCUGGUGGAGGUUGUCUUCACUCGUCAUAUUGGUUUGUUCGAAACUAUGAACUUACCAUUUCUCAUUCUCUCCCACUUUCUCUCUCUGUCUCGUCUCUCUCUCCCUCCCCCUUCUCCCCUUUCCAUAGCAAAAUCUAUUGCGGCAGCAGGAGAGGGUGGAGGAGAGAGUUCAGGACAUCGAUGAGCAGCUCUGUAAACUGGACUCUGACAAGUGUGUGGUGGAGGUACGUCUGAUUUCUCAAACUCUCUGUCAGUUUAUAGGUACACCCAUCUAGUACCGGGUCGGUCCCCCUUUGCCUCCAGAACAGCCUGAAUUCUUCGGGCUUUGAAUUGUUGCUCGAUUCGUAUCAAGGGACCUAAUGUGUGCCAGGAAAAAUGUACACCAUGGCCACCAGCCUGUCCCGUUGACACCAGGCAGGAUGCGGCCAUGGACUCUGCCAUCAGCAUGACGCAACAGGAACCGGGAUUCGUUGGACCAGGCGAUGUUUUCCACUCCUCAGUUGUCCAGUGUUGGCGAUCGUGUUCCCACUGGAGCCGCUUCUUCUUGUCUUUAGCUGAUAGGAGUGCAGCGCGCCUGGCACCGACGAUCAUACCAUGCACGAAGUCGCUUAGGUCAUUUGUUUUGGCCAUUCACACAUUCAAUCGAACAGUCACUAAAUGCCUCGAUGCCCAUUUGCCUGCUUUAUAUAGCAAGCCAAGGCCACGUGACUCACUGUAGGAUCAAUCCGUUUUCGUGAACGGGGUGGUGUACCUAAUAAACUGGCCAGUAAGUGUAUAUCUCACAUGCACUCCCUCAACCAGUGAACACAGGCCGCACACACACCCAUCCGCACACACACCCAUCCGCACACACACCCAUGCACAUCCAUUUACAUUUUAGUCAUUUAGCAGACACUCUUAUCCAGAGUGAGUGGGAAUCGAACCCACAACCCUGGCAUUGCAAGUGCCAUGCUCUACUACCCGAACACAAAUAUAAACACAACAUGCAACAAUUUCCAUGAUUUUACUGAGUUACAGUUCAUAUAAGGAAAUCAGUAAAUUGAAAUAAAUUCAUUAGGGCCUAAUCUAUGGAUUUCACAUGACUGGGCAGUGGUGCAGCCAUGGGUAGGCCUGGGAGGGCAUAGUCCCACCCACUUGGGAGACAGGCCCAGCCACUGGGGAGCCAGGCCCAGCCAGUCAGAACGAGUUUUUCCACACAGACAGAAAUACUCCUCAGUUUCAUCAGCUGACCGGGUAGCUGGUGUCAGACAAUCCCGGAGGUGAAGAAGCCAGAUGUGAAGGUCCUGGGCUGGCAUGGUAACACGUGGUCUGCGGUUGUGAGGCCGUUUGGAUGUACUGCCAAACUCUGUAAAACGACGUUGGAGGCGGCUUAUGGUAGAGAAAUGAACAUUCAAUUCUCUGGCAACAGCUCUAGUGGACAUUCCAGCAGUCAGCAUGCCAAUUGCACACUCCCUCAAAACUUCAGAAAUAUGUGGCUUUGUGUUGUGACAAAACUGCACAUUUUAUUGGCCCCAGCAAAAGGUGCACCUGUGUAAUGAUCAUGCUGUUCAAUCAGCUUCUUGAUAUGCCACACCUGUCAGGUGGAUGCAUUAUCUUGCCAAAUGAGAAUUGCUCACUAACAGGGAUGUAAACAAAUUUGAGCUAAAUAAGCUUUUUGUGCGUAUGGAAAAUGUCCGGAUCUUUUAUUUCAGCUCAUGAAACAUGGGACCAACACUUUACAUGUUGCGUUUUAUAUUUUGGUUCAGUAUAUAACCAUAGAGAUCCUAUUAAAGUAAGAUAUAAUGAUGUGUGUAUAACAGUAUGUGUUCUCUCCUACAGGACCGGGUGUGUGAGCUGAAAGAGGAGGUGCGUGUGCAGUACCAGCGGAUGCAGCACUUCUUGGAAGAAGACCUGUCCCGUACGCUGGAGGUUCUAGAGCGGGCCCGUUCUAGGUUCUGCCAGGAGAAUGCGGGCCAGGUUCUAGCUCUGGGAGAACAGAGACAUGAGGCCCAGAAGCUGCUCAGCUCAGUCCACACAGCCUUUGGCAAAGCUGAGGAGCUGGGCUUCAUGAAGAACACCAAGCCUGUCAAGAUCCUCAUGGAGAGGUCAGAGACCAGGGCCAUGUUAUACAAAAGUUAUUAGAGAUACAAAAAGGAGAUUACACAAGGCGUAUUACGCACAUUACCAUUUUAGAAUGGUCAUGCCUGUUACACACAUACAGCUGGCGGGUUAUACACUGUAUCGGCAGGAUAGAACAGCAGCCUCUGGUAAGGCGAGGGGUGGCGGUCUAUGUAUAUUUGUAAACAACAGCUGGUGCACGAUAUCUAAGGAAGUCUCAAGGUUUUGCUUGCCUGAGGUAGAGUAUCUCAUGAUAAGCUGUAGACCACACUAUCUACCAAGAGAGUUUAUCUAUAUUCUUCGUAGCUGUCUAUUUACCACCACAAACUGACGCUGGCACUAAGACCGCUCUCAAUGAGCUGUAUACGGCCAUAAGCAAACAGGAAAACGCUCAUCCAGGGGCGGCACUCCUAGUGGCCGGGGACUUUAAUCCAGGGAAACUUAAAUCCGUUUUACCUCAUUUCUACCAGCAUGUUAAAUGUGCAACCAGAGGGGAAAAAAACUGUAGACCACCUUUACUCCACACAGAGACACGUACAAAGCUCUCCCAAGCCCUCCAUUUGGCAAAUCUGACGAUAAUUCUAUCCUCCUGAUUCCUGCUUAGAAGCAAAAACUAAAGCGGUCAGAUGACGCAGAUGCUAAGCUACAGGACUGUUUUGCUAGCACAGACUGGAAUAUGUUCCGGGAUUCUUUCCGAUGGCAUUGAGGAGUACACCACAUCAGUCACUGGCUUCAUCAAUAAGUGCAUCGAUGACAUCGUCCCCACAGUGACUGUACCUACAUACCCCAACCAGAAGCCAUGGAUUACAGGCAACAUCCGCACUGAGCUAAAGGGUAGAGCAGCCGCCUUCAAGGAGCGGGACUCUAACCCGGACGCUUAUAAGAAAUCCUGCUAUGCCCUCCGACGAACCAUCAAACAGGCAAAGCAUCAAUACAGGACUAAGAUCGAGUCAUACUAAACCGGCUCCGAUGCUCGUCGGAUGUGGCAGGCUUGCAAACUAUUACAGACCACAAAGGGAAGAACAGCCGCAAGUUGACCAGUGACACGAGCCUACUAAACAAGCUAAAUUACUUCUAUGCUCGCUUCAAGGCAAGUAACACUGAACCAUACAUGAGAGCACCAGCUGUUCCGGACAACUGUGUGAUCUUGCUCUCCGUAGCCGAUGUGAGUAAGAACUUUAAACAGGUCAACAUUCACAAGGCCGCAGGGCCAGACGGAUUACCAGGACGUGUACUCCGAGCAUGCGCUGACCAACUGGCAAGUGUCUUCACAUACAUUUUCAACCUGUCCCUGUCUGAGUCUGUAAUACCAACAUGUUUCAAGCAGUCCACCAUAGUCCCUGUGCCCAAGAACACUAAGGUAACCUGCCUAAAUGACUACCGACCCGUAGCACUCACGUCUGUAGCCAUGAAGUGCUCUGAAAGGCUGGUCAUGGCUCACAUCAACACCAUUAUCCCAGAAACCCUAGACCCACUCCAAUUUGCAUACCACCCCAACAGAUCCACAGAUGAUGCAAUCUCUAUUGCGCUCCACACAUCCCUUUCACACCUGGACAAAAGGAACACAUAUGUGAGAAUGCUAUUCAUUGACUACAGCUCAGCGUUCAACACCAUAGUGCCCUCAAAGCUCAUCACUAAGCUAAGGACCCUGGGACUAAACACCUCCCUCUGCAACUGGAUUCUUAUCACCGCCCCCAGGUGGUAAGGGUAGGUAACAACACAUCUGCCACGCUGAUCCUCAACACAGGGGCCCCUCGGGUGCGUGCUCAGUCACCUCCUGUACUCCCUGUUCAGUCAUGACUGCAUGGCCAGGCACGAGUCCAACACCAUCAAGUUUGCCGAUGACACAACAGUGGUAGGCCUGAUCACUGACAAUGACGAGACAGCCUAUAGGGAGUAGGUCAGAGACCUGGCCGUGUGGUGCCUGGACAACAACCUCUCCCUCAACUUGAUCAAGACAAAGGAGAUGAUUGUGGACUACAGGAAAAAGAAGAGGACCGAGCUCGCCCCCAUUCUCAUCGACGGGGCUGUAGUGGAGCAGGUUGAGCGCUUCAAGUUCCUUGGUGUCCACAUCACCAACAAACUAACAUGGUCCAGGCACACCAAGACCGUCGUGAAGAGGGCACGACAAAACCUAUUCCCCCUAAGAAGACUGAAAAUAUUUGGCAUGGGUCCUCAGAUCCUCAAAAGGUUCUACAGCUGCACCAUUGAGAGCAUCCUGACUGGUUGCAUCACUGCCUGUUAUGGAAACUGCUCGGCCUCCGACCGCAAGGCACUAAAGAGUGUAGUGCGUACGUCCCAGUACAUCACUGGGGCCAGGCUUCAUGCCAUCCAGGACCUCUAUACCAGGUGGUGUCAGAGGAAGACCCUAAAAGUUGUCAGACUCCAGCCACCCUAGUCAUAGUCUAUUCUCUCUGCUACCGCAUGGUAAGCGGUACCGGCGCGCCAAGUCUAGGUCCAAGAGGCUUCUAAACAGCUUCUACCCCCAAGCCAUAAGCCUCCUGAACAGCUAAUCAAAUUGCUACCCAGACUAUGAUCUAUGCAUAGUCAGUUUAAUAACUCUAUCAACAUGUACAUAUUACCUCGACUAACCGGUGCAUCCACACAUUGACUCGGUACCGGUACACCCUGUAUAUAGCCACAAUUAUACUUUUAAUGGAACGUUAAGAUACCAGGCUUGUUACAUACAGUGCCUUGCAAAAGUAUUCAUCCCCCUUGGCAUUUUUUCCUAUUUUGUUGCAUUACAACCUGUAAUUUAAAUGAUUUUUAUUUGGAUUUCAUGUAAUGUACAUAGACAAAAUAGUCCAAAUUGGUGAAGUGAAAUGAAAAAAAUUACUUUGUUUCAAAAAAUUCUAACAAAUAAAUAACGGAAAAGUGGUGCGUGCAUAUGUAUUCACCCCCUUUGCUAUGAAGCCCCUAAAUAAGAUCUGGUGCAACCAAUUACCUUCAGAAGUCACAUAAUUAGUUAGAUUGCACACAGGUGUACUUUAUUUAAGUGUCUCAUGAUCUCAGUAUAUAUACACCUGUUCUGAAAGGCCCCAGAGUCUGCAACACCACUAAGCAAGGGGCACCACCAAGCAAGCGGCACCAUGAAGACCAAGGAGCUCUCCAAACAGGUCAGGGACAAAGUUGUGGAGAAGCACAGAUCAGGGUUGGGUUAUAAAAAAAUAUCUGAAACUUUGAACAUCCCACAGAGCACCAUUAAAUCCAUUAUAAAAAAAUGGCAGGAGAGGGCAGCCCACCAAAACUCUCGGACCAGGCAAGGAGGGCAUUAAUCAGAGAGGCAACAAAGAGACCAAAGAUAACCCUGAAGGAGCUGCAAAGCUCCACAGCUGAGAUUGGAGUAUCUGUCCAUAGGCCCACUUUAAGCCGUACACUCCACAGAGCUGGGCUUUACGGAAGAGUGGCCAGAAAAAAGCAAUUGCUUAAAGAAAAAAUAAGCAAACACGUUUGGUGUUCGCCAAAAGGCAUGUGUGAGACUCCCCAAACAUAUGGAAGAAGGUACUCUGGUCAGAUGAGACUAAAAUUGAGCUUUUUGGCCAUCAAAGUAAACGCUAUGUCUGCGCAAACCCAACACCUCUCAUCACCCCGAGAACAUCAUCCCCACAGUGAAGCAUGGUGGUGGCAGCAUCGUGCUAUGGGGAUGUUUUUCAUCGGCAGAGACUGGGAAAUUAGUCUGGAAUGAUGGAUGGCGCUAAAUACAGGAAAAUUCUUGAGGGAAACCUUUUUCAAUCUUCCAGAGAUUUGGGACGGAGGUUCACCUUCCAGCAGGACAAUGACCCUAAGCAUACUGCUAAAGCAACACUCGAGUGGUUUAAGGGGAAACAUUUAAAUGUCUUGGAAUGGCCUAGUCAAAGCCCAGACCUCAAUCCAAUUGAGAAUCUGUGGUAUGACUUCAAGAUUGCUGUACACCAGCGGAACCCAUCCAACUUGAAGGAGCUGGAGCAGUUUUGCCUUGAAGAAUGGGCAUAAAUCCCAGUGGCUAGAUGUGCCAAGCUUAUAGAGACAUACCCCAAGAGACUUGCAGCUGUAAUUGCUGCAAAAGGAGGCUCUACAAAGUGUUUACUUUGGGGGGUGAAUAGUUAUGCACGCUCAAGCUUUCUGUUUUGUUGUCUUAUUUCUUGUUUGUUUCACAAUAAAAAAUAUUUUGCAUCUUCAAAGUGGUAGGCAUGUUGUGUAAAUCAAAUGAUACAAACCCCUCAAAAAUCUAUUUUAAUUCCAGGUUGUAAGGAAAAAUGGAAAAUAGGAAAAAUGCCAAGGGGGGGUGAAUACUUUUGCAAACCACUGUACAUAUUUGUGUGUUGCAGGUCUCAAGCGUGCGUGGGCAGUGCGCUCCCUCCCUACAAGGUGGGAAGUCUCAACUCUAAGCUGUUCCUGUCAGAACUCUCCAAGAGAGAGAAGAGCCUACGGAAAACAUUGGAAGGUAGGAUUGAGAGCAUCAUCUUUACAGAACCAUCACACCCUUAUCUGAUUUGAUUUAGUGGAUCAAUUCUUCUCUUCCCUCCUCCCUCCCUUUCUCUACCUCUCUUGCCCCCUCCAGCCCCCCUAAACCCUCCCUCCUCAUUCCUCCAGUCCGUCCCGGCGUCUCCCAGCGGCCUCGGCUCGGGGGCAGAGAAACGCAAAUACUCCUCGGCGUUCCCAGAAGGCAACGGGAGCGCCGGGAAAAACACUGCUUCCGGGUUCAAGGACUCCUCCUCUUCCUCCUCUAAGCAGCCCUACCUGGGCCCAAACUCCGCCCCCGGAGAGGGCCAAUCCUCCAAUCAGCAGCCUCUGGGGUCCUGUGGCCCCUCCCACAUGAGCGAAGGUAGCGGAACAGGAAGUGGAAGCGGCUCUCUGACCAAUCACCAUUCAGGGUCUGUGUUCAGUCCCUCCCACUUCACCCCUGCUGGCGGUAGCUCCUCCCAUUCUUCCCAGCAGGCUGUGCUCCCCCAGUAUGGCGGGCGUAAGAUCCUGGUGUGUACCAUGGAUAACUGCUACUGCUCUGGGGUACCCUCCGUGUCGGGGCACCGCGGCCACCCGCCCUACCCACGUUCAGGCUCCUUUCCCUGGGUAAGCGCCCAGGACUACCCCCAUCCCCCCGGCCUAGCCUCUGGAGCUCCAGCCAUGCAAGGGCUUGCUGUCAGAGACUGGAUAGACGCACAGCAGACGCACCGACACACAGACUUCUAUGGGCUGUAUGGACAGCCCUCCACCAAGCACUAUGUCACCAGUUAACACACACAUUUCUACAAGCAAACAGCUCCCCAGUUAGCAUUACGCUACUAGUUAACAUACACACACAUACUCAUGUAGAUGCACUUACAGACACACACACACACACACA